AUGCAAUUAUUUUAUUCUGAUGACGAAUCAAAAAACAUGAGACCUUGGAGCAAUACAGAGAUUGCCUAUUUUUCUAUGCUAUGUCAAAAACACGAUCGUGACUGGAAACUAAUAUCAAGAUUACUUGAAAGAACUCAAAAGAAUGUCAUAAUAAUAUCAAUGCGUCAAUUCUUUGCUAUUUUGAUAUUUUUGACCCUCAUCACAUUUACUAUAUCCUUUCCAUCACCAACUUUUCGACGUAACUCACACUCAGACUUUACUCAAUGCGAAGGUACAUUUCCAAACGAAAUUACUACAGUUUUUUAUGAACCUAAUCCUGCAAUCUCUGGAGAAAAUAUGACAGUCACUAUCGCAGGAAUAAAUACAGUAACAGUUCAAGAAGGAGCUACAUUAAACGUCACAGCAUUGUACCAAGGAAAACAAGCAUUUGUACAUAUUAUGGAUUUUUGUAAAGUAUGGGUUGAAGUAAAUGGUGAUAAGUGUCCUGUUUCACCUGGAGAUUUUAAGUAUACUGUUACUAUUCCUAUUGAACCACACCAAGACGACCCUAAGAAUACCACAAUCGGUUACGAUUAUAUAUUUCAAAGACAAUUUAUGGCAUUUACAAACCGGGUUUAA